AGAAAUGCUGUGAGAAAGUGGCACCACUUUGUAGAAGAAAUGUAAAAUCCGGACCGAUUUCAAGUGUGACCCCGUAACACGGCACCUGGUGCGCUCCAGGGGCAGCGAAAUGGAUACGGCGCGCAGCACCGUCUGUCGCAAUUCGCGGACUGGGGCAAACGAAUCCAAAAUGGUUGCGAUCGAUUUUAAAACAAUCUGCCGUAUCUGUGGCAAAUCGGAAGAAACGCUCACGUCGGUGCACUCGCGCUACCAGAGCGACCUGCGGGGAAAGAUUGCGAAACACCUGAGCAUAGAUAUCGCCGAGAACGAUCGACUACCGACAAAGAUUUGCUUCUGCUGCAAGGACAUCAUCACGAAGUGGCACGAUCUGUUCGAGAAAUGCCGUUCAAUGGAGCAAAGGUUCAUCACUGUUCUGAAGUCGUGUGAAGAAGUGCAACACGAGGCCACGGUUUCCGCUGCAGAGCCCACAGAAGCGGAAAAACCUAGUACACCCGAAUCGGUGGCCGAAGAGAGUGACACACCGGAGAAGAACACGUCAACACCGGAGAAGUCCUUAUCGCAAUCAGAACAGCCGGAUGCAAAGAAAAGCAAAAAAACUCCGUUACGACCGAAACCUGUAGAUUGCACGUUCUGUAAGUCCGAUCCGACCGCUCGGGUUCAUCGAUUCGCCUCGCAAACGGUUCUGGUAGAUCACAUGAAGGAUCAGCAUUGGGAUCAGAUAUUUCAUUGCGAGCAGUGCGACAACUAUCUGGACCGCGCGAAGCUCAUAGAGCACAUGACAAUGCACGCACUGAGUUUGGUGCUUCCGGUACCGUCGGGAGGUAGCGAACCGGAGGGAGGAGCCAGUGCCGAUUCGGGCUCGGCCGCCGGCGACGAAGAGCCCGACGGUGAGCUAGAGGAAGCGGAAGGAAGCCAGCAAACGACGGAGCUAAAGUCGGGUGAAGGAAGCACCAAUAAGGAAAACGACGAGAAAGAGGAAGUGACGGUGGGCGAGCUGAAGGGACUGGAUUCUCGCAAGCUGUACUGUUACAUCUGCGAAAAGACGCUCGCCAACCGGAGCGCCUACUCGUACCACGUGAAUCAGGUGCAUCUGAACAUCAAAAACUUCGACUGCAGCUUCUGUGAGAAAAAGUUCGGUAAUCGGCGGCUGCUGAACAACCACAUUGCCAACGUGCACUCGCGGGAGCGCAACUUUAGCUGUAACGUGUGUGCCAAGCGCUUCAAGACGAACGUGGCCCUGUACAACCACUCGCGGGUACACGACGACAAGCUGCAGUUUAGCUGUCGGUUUUGCGACAAAAAGUUCCGCUUCCGGAAUCACUUGGUCAGCCACGAGCUGAUCCAUCUGGAUGAGCGCAGCUUUUCUUGUGGCCAGUGUAGCAAGAAGUUCAACACGAACGAGUGUCUGCAGAAGCACAAACUGACGCACGUGACGACGGAACCGUACCAGUGUCCGCUGUGCGGGUUCAGCACCAAGCAAAAGCGCUACCUGGUGAUGCACGCGAAGCGCAUCCACAUGGUACGAUAAGGGAGGUGCUGUUCGGGAGAAAAACGGAAAUACUCUAUUCCCGGUAAGUGGUAAGUAAUUUAUGAAUCAUUUUAGCAGAAAUAUAACAAGAGAAACGCGAACAGAAAGAAAGAGUGGAGCAGAGGGUUCGUAGAGGGAUCCACGACAGCACGACACAGGAUCGGCACGACGACGAGUACGGGCAGAGACAGAAGAGCGUGAAGAUCCGACUAAACCAUUCUCUUAGCUACCGGUGUACCUGAAAAUGAAAGAGGAAACUAAAAAAACACUAGAUCAUAGGCGGAAAGUAAUUGUCGUAGGAACAUUGUGGUCAUCUUAGCGGAAUCGAAAUCAAAUAACGAACUCGUAGGAUAAACGUAGCCGAAAGCUUAACAAAACAUGCAUACGAACCUAAUCAAGCAUUUGUAGCAUUUUAAGAGAGCCAUGUGACAUGACAUCAAUGUAAUCGUACCGUACUUCGUGUUGCCAGAGCCGUAUGCGUUACUCGGAAGUGCUUCUGUUGUGCGAAGUACCGUCGUUCGGUUGUAGGAUUAUUUGUUUUGUUUUUAAAUUAUGCCCGGCAUAAAUGCAUCCGUUACGUUAUACGUUCGCCGCGGAGCCGAAGGUGGUCGUGGUGUGUGCGCCACACACCAUUUUCCGUUUUGCAUUUUUCAACUGCCAGUAUUUAUCCACAGCUGUGUGGUGAACGUUU